UUUGUAGCUGAGUGAAACUGUUCAACUGAAAUACUGUGUACUAAUACUAUUGUAACGUUCCAUCAUACAUUUACUUUUUGGUGGAACGUUGUUUUUCUUACGGUUGCUGUUGCAAGGGGACUGUUUAUAGCGGCACUCCUUAGGGAGGAGCAUAUGGCCCCUACUAUAAGAGUGUGUAUGGCUAGGAAAACCGGCAAUUGAGAGCAAAAAAAACAUAUGAACAUAACCCGCUAUUGUUUGAUAUUUAAAAAAAUCUGUAUGACAUAAUUUGGCGUCUAUUGAAGGUGUUGUUUAAUUUUCUAUAUAUCCGGAAGUAGGUUUCGAUCGGAUCGGAAGUGAAGAGGGGGAAGAAAAUGGAGGGCGGACUGUUCGCAUUUGUUUCGUCUUUCUGAGUCUUUGGGCGAACCUCUUUGUUAUUUGGGUGUGGUGGUUGACGGUACAUCGGUAAAAUUAGCGAACUCUGUCCGCUCUCCUCUGCUCGUCGGCUGGGUAAUAAUAUGCCUCAGACCGCAGCAAACACCACAGCAGGUGUCCGAGGUUCCUUUUCCCGCCCAAUGCCCGCCCUUGUCGGCUAAAUGUCGAUUGUGUUUUUCUGCUUUCUGGAACAUUCCACAUCUGCCGGAUUGCGUGAGUGGAGUCAUGAACCUCAGCGAGCAGAGAGACAGGAUCCGGCAGCAAGUGGAAGACUUGGAAAGAAGUCUGUGUGCCACCGAGACGGAGCUGGAUCUUCUGAGCAGCGACACAGAUGACCAGUCUAAUGGGGACUCUGACGAGGAGGCGGGCCAGGAGACUUCAGGUCUGCUGGCUCAGAGAGACAAGAUCCAAAGUGAGAUCCAGAACCUGGAGAACUUUCUGGGACCGCACAGUUCUGUUGUUGUGUCAGAUGAUGACAGCAGCAGCAGUGACAGUGAGCUGGGCCUGUCCCCGUCAGUGGACUUGUGUCUUCAGAUGAACUUGGUGUACCAGCAGGUCCUUCAGGAGAAGCUCCAACAGUUGGAUAUGCUCAUGACACACAACCUGAGACAACAGAAGGACAUUUUGUCUCAGUUGUCUGGACCAAUGAGGGAGACUUCAAGAGAAGAUCCCGCCUCCUCGUCGUACCCCAAACCCACGACCUUGUUCCUGGGCCACUUCCUGAAACCGUACUUCAAGGACAAACUGACAGGACUGGGUCCUCCCGCCAACCAGGAGACACAGGAGAAGAUGGUGAAGAUGAAGGGUUGCCUGGACUACAACAAGAUUAAAGUCAAACGAUGGGGGAGUUGGCAGAAGGCGUUGUUGAUCGACGCCGUGUCCCGAGACAGUCUGAGGAGACUCAUCCAGCCUAAACUCUCCAGGGUGGACUACCUAAGUCAGAAGUUGUCCUCUGCAGACGAGUCCAGUGGACAUCAGCUCAGAUCGACCAUUGAAAGUCUGGAGAAGGAAAUUGAAUCCCUCAGAGCAAAGAAGGCAAAGGAUCUGAUUGGUGAACAGUUUGAGGACCACGACUGGCAGAAGAUCGCCAACAUUGACUUUGAAGGACUGAGGGAGGCGGAGGACAUUUGUCUCUUCUGGCAGAACUUCCUUCACCCGUCCGUCAACAAGAGCCGCUGGAGCGCGGAGGAAGUGCAGAAGCUGAAGGAGAUCAGUAGGAGACACGAGGAGAGACACUGGGACCUCAUUGCUGCGGAGCUGGGGACGGGUCGGACUGCCUUCAUGUGCCUUCAGACCUUCCAGAGGUUCAUAUCGGACUCUUUGAAGCGCCGGACGUGGACCGAGAGUGAAGACCAGAAGUUACGGGAGCUGGUGGACAAGAUGAGGAUCGGGAACUUCAUCCCAUACACGCAGAUCAGUUACUUCAUGGAGGGCAGGGACACGCCCCAGCUCAUCUACAGGUGGUGUCAGGUUCUGGACCCCAGUCUGAAGAAAGGACCCUGGUCCAAGGAGGAAGACCAGAUGCUCCUGCGAGCCGUCGCACGUCACGGAGAGAAAAGCUGGUGGAAGAUCCGCUUGGAGGUUCCUGGACGCACUGACAGCGCCUGCAGAGACCGGUACAAAGACUGUCUGAAGGAGGGAACCAAGAAAGGUACUUUUGAUGACGAGGAGCUGGAACUCCUGAAGAAGCUGGUGGACAAACAUGGAGUUGGUCGCUGGGCCAAGAUUGCUGCAGAAGUUCCAAACAGGAACGAUGCUCAGUGUAUGAGAGCCUGGAAGACCAUUAGGAGACGCCUGGAAGCAUCUUCUACACAACGAAGGAGAAGUUCAGAAGCACCUAAGAGGAAGAGGAGGACACCUCUGCUGAGGGUGAAAGUGAAGAAGAAGAAGAAGGAGGAGGAGGAGGAGGAGGAGAGCAGCGAUGAGGAGGAGGAGGCGGUGGUUAAGUACAUGGAGAGUGAUGAGGAGGAGGAGGAGGAGAGGGAGAGGGAGGAGCCAGCGGCAGGGGAUGGUGAUGAAGAGGAGCAAGAGGAGUACCGCGUGCUUCCCAUGAGCAGGUGGAUCCCUGAUAAGGAGAACCAGGUGGGGAAUCUUCCCAGCUGGCGUCCGGUCACGCUGCCAACCUCGUCAGACCCCUCCCGCCCCCAGCAGCCCGUCCGCUCCACCGUGUUGGGAAAGUCGGGAUGGUCGGUGGCGGUGGGCCCGCCCCCCCAAGACCUGCGGUGGGAGGAGCGACACGGCGGCGGCGUCAUGAUGAUGCUGUCACAUGACCAGCUGUACGCGCAGCUGAGUCGCCAGGCGGCGGAUAAGCGCAAUAAGCGCCACCCCCGCCGCGUGACGGAAACGUCCCUGGACUACCAGCUGCAGGCGGCCGUCUCGCCGUGGAUCGGGAAUCUGCUGAUCCCGAGCCCGGGUGGAGCCACCUUGGCCGACGCCCUCGGAGAGUGUGGCGGGAAGAGCAGAGUGAGCUCCACCCCCAUCUUCCUGCUCCUCCUCCACGCCAUGAGCAUGGACACCACGGGCUGCAAGAAGGUCAUCGAGCGGCGAAAGGACAAGUUGUUGCUGGUGGACCCGCCCCCUCUGCCGCCAGCGCCGCUAAAGAGCCCCAAGACGGUGGCGGGAAUGCUUCAGCGCCGUCAGGCCGCAAAGAACCGCCCACCAGAUGUCAACCGGCCACCACUACUCCUACUGCGACCGGCUCCGCCCACUCGCCUCCCGUUUCCCAGCAUGCUUCCCGGGUCGCAUUUCUCACAACCCCGAGAGCCUUCCCUCUGCCUGCUACCCGCCCCCUCCCUGGCCACGCCCACUUCACUUACCCUUCAGCUCAUCUCUUCACCACCACCGCCCCCCCCUUUGUCCCAGCAGGUCCCGCCCUCCUUAGCACCGCCUCCUCCUGACUCUGUCACGGCCAAUCAGGAAGCAGGCAGGGCCAAGAAUGACUACACCUACACUGUCAUUGCUUCUCACCCCGCCCCCAAAGACACGCCCACAGGCAAGAAGCGAGGGCGGGAGGAGGAGUGUGUGGGCGGAGCUUCCACAGCCACCACCCGUAAAGGGAAACGAAUCCGGAAUUUAAGUCAGAAGGCCAUCGAAUCAGAGGCUUCAGCCAACCAGAAGAGGAGGAGCUCUCCAAAGUUUCUGCCCGAAGAGGGUGGGGCCAAGCAGGUUCCGAGCCCAAAGGUGUCAUCAUGGGCCCCACGUGGGGCGGUCCAGAUGGUGCAAGCUCCGCCUCCAGGUCAACUUUUCAUCAGGCCAAGUGUGCUUCUAAGUCCCCUCCCCCCACGUUUCGUCCUCCAGCCAGUCUGUGGCUCCGCCCCCUCAAUGUCUCCCAGACUGCCUCAAAGCGUCAGCCCGCCCACACAGAAGGAAGACCUGACCUUUGACCCCUCCCUCAUCUUCCCGGAGUCUCCAGCGGAAGUACGCGAUUGGCUGAGUGGAAGGGGGGGUGUGGUUGUACCCGAACUGGGCGUGGCUCUGCCCUACCUCCCGCCCUUUGUCAGCAGUCUGAGCAUGCUCAGUGUGCUCCUGCACGGCAAGGCCUCGCUCGCCAGGACCACCAGGCGGCUGCUGAGCUGCCACAGCCCCCGGCCUCAGGCCACGCCCCAAGGCACACCCCCACGUCCGGCCGAUUCCACCUCUGAUGAAGCAGGCGCCUCUGUGGUCGCCGAUGAGGAGGCGGAGCUUCUGUUGGCGUCCCGUCAGCUGGUGAAGGAGCGCUUUGCAGAAAACCCCGCCUACCAGAUGCUGAAGGCCCGCUUCCUGUCAUGCUUCACCCUGCCGGCCCUCCUUGCGUCCCUGCCCCCAGUCGCCCCGCCCUCUGCCUGCCAGGACGAAGACGAGGAUGAAGAGGACGCGGUGAAGGUCAUGACCAAAAGAAGGGAGAGAGUUGCGGGAUCCAGAUUGUUGCCUCGUGACGGCGCCGGAGAUCCAGCCAGUCACUUCACAGGAAUCAACGCCCAGCCCCGCCCCAGCGACACCCAAUGAGUUCUCUUUUAUUAGCUUUUAUUAUUGAUGGUGUGUGCUUGUUCACAUGUGGAUAAUGUCCCUGAAUGCAUCGCCACUCAACACCUUUCAUUAGUUCUACCCUUUCACAAUAAAGUUGAAUACUUACUAUAAUCUCUAUUUAUAUAACUUUCUUUCUUUCUUUCGCCUUUUUCCUUCCGGGUCGCCGCAGCGGAUCCUUUUUACUGAUUUUGGCUUCUGGAUGCCCUUCCUGACCAAUUCCGAUGGUGUUUACUAUUGGGGACUCGAACCUGAGGCUUCCGCUCCAAAAACGGCAGCAGGCGUGGCAGCAAAGUGGAGGGAGGAAGGCGGGCUGGUGGUUGCGUCCCAGCAGAGCACCGCAAACCUCCCAUUUGGGAUCUAUUUGGGGACUCGGCCAUUCCAGCCACCUUGCGGGAGGUCGUGAGGCUUCUCUGGGUGGACAACAUUCCUUCUUCCCGUUGACAACUUUUCCAGGUGUUUUUUCCGCCUGAUGAGAGAAGCAGCUGCCCAGUGGGGGAGGUGGG